AUGGCGCACAAGGAUUUUGACUCGGAAGAACGAUUCACGGAUAUCAAGCUUGAAUUUCGACCAGCAGGUUGGCCGAAAAUAGAUCUCCACGCAGAUACAAAAGAAGACUUGUUUCGCUCUUUCAGUCUUUUCGACAUGAACGGUCUUGGUGCUGUCAGCAUUGACUCAGUCAAGGUUGCACUGCGCGCCCUGGGUCACGAAAUAGACGCUAAGGAAAGUGAGGCGCUUAAGCUAAUGUUCCCGGAUGGAACAAUCGUCUUUGGCGAUUAUCUCAAGCUCCUCUCGGAGUGGAUUUUUAACAUCGACCAGGAUCUCGAUGUAGAGAAGGCCUUCGCGUUAUUCGACACUGAUGGCAAGGGUUACAUCGAUUUUAAUGAUCUUCGAAGGGUGCGGGAUCGUCUCGGCUACUCUCAGGAAAUCGAUGACGCAGAACUUAUCGAUAUGCUCAUUGGAUCUCAGGUAAACGAUGCCGCACAGGAAUUGAAGGAGAUCUACGAGGACCGGCAGGAUAAGACACGUCUGAGAAAGGGUCAGGGCUACGCCACCUCGGUGGGGGUGGGGGAUGCGGUUGGCGGGGCGGAGACCGGCCCACUGGUGGUUCUGCCGGCUAUCGGCAUGCACCGACGCACCUCCUCCAAAAAUGCCUAUGAUCCCACUGGACUCACUGUCGACUUCGACAAGUUCAAACGCGUUCUUCAACUUGAAGCCGCGCCUCCUGAACCCAUCUAA